AUGAUUGAUGAGGAAAUACCUAAGUAUACCGAAGAAAAAUUACUUGCACACAUUGAUUACAUUACAAGGAAUGCUACUGCUUCACGAUCUCUUCCCCGUGCAACUUCUAAUAAUAAAAAACUCGUCUUACCAAUUUAUCAAAGCUACGGUGACAACAGUGCCUCCAAAGUUAAGGCACACAAGGAAGAUUUUUAUAAAGAGGUAGACUGCGCAGGAUUUGCUCUUGAAGAAAUUAACGUAUUUGUCGAAGACAAAUUAAUCGUAGUCGAGGGUAUACAUAAAAAUAUUCAAGAUGAGCACGGUAACGUCUAUAAGAACUUGUCAAAGACGUUUCCCGUCUCUGAAACCUACGACUUCAAUGAUGCUAAAAUAACCUUAGUCUUGGACGGUACAUUAACUAUCUACAUUCCUUGUAAGGUUGAGCCAUUAGCGGAUUAG